GCGACUGUUCUCUGCAGGGCUUGGGUCCAUCCUGAGGCCAGAGCCUUCCCCCAGGGCAGGGGCAAACGGCCCCCUCCAGGAGGGAGCCGGAAGAUUAGGCAGCUCCAUGUAGGUCCACAUGUAGGUGAAGAGAACCCACCAUGAGGAAGGGCAAAAAGAAGAAGCCAGAGUCCAGACGCCAUGGCUCCAUCUCACAACGCGCCAGCUCCGAAUCCACAUCCCAACAGGCCAGCUCAGAGUCUACACCCCAGCAGGCCAACUCAGAGUCCACACCCCAGCAGGCCAGCCCGGAGUCCACACCCCAGCAGGCCAGCCCCAGGUCCACCCCUCGGCCCAGCCCUGGAUCCACACCACAGCCCAGCGCUGGAUUCACCUGCCAGCAGCCUGCACCCCAGGCUCUCCCAGCUCCAGAAAGCAGAGCUUCAGCUCGGGCCCUUGCGCCGGCCCCAGCCCCCACCCCAGUCCUGGCUCUGACCAGGGGCCAGUUGCCCCAGGACCCUGCCACGAAAGCAUCCUCUCGACCCAGGAGAUCAGGGUCUCUGACUCAUGCAGGACCACGGGCCUUCUGUUCCUGCUCCGCUUGCCCCCGCGGCUCUACUUGCUGGCGUCAUCUGGGCCUGUGUCACAGCCGCAUCUUUGAUGUCCUCCUUCCUCGGGCCUGGCCCAUCAUGCCAGGAAGAGGAUUUCCAAACCUCCUCACUUUCUACAGAAGACCUGAAAGAAAACACUCCAGUCAUCGAAAUUCCCGUGCUCCAAGCUCUCGGGACUGCUGCUGUGGCUCUGGGAGCCCUAGGGGCUGCCUACUACAUCACUGAAUCCUUGUGAACAAACCUCAGGCCCACGGUCCGGCAGAUCCAGUUUCCAUCAAGGAUCUCUCUUGUCACCAAAAUAGAACCCCCCAAAAAAUGUU